UUUUUCUCCAUGCAACGACUAGCAUGCGGCAGUCGCUGCCGACUUUCGCUACCAUUUCGUGUCUACUCGACCGCCGGGCCCAACCAGGCAGUCCUCGAGAUGCUGAGAGCUGACAAGGACGAAGAGACACAGAAUCCAGACAAGAACCCGUUCAAAGUCAGAGCAUUCACGAGCGCCAUUAACGUCAUUAGCGAGUUGGACUAUCCUAUACAGUCUGCAGACGAGGUGAAAUCGCUGAAAGGUGUUGGUCCGGGUAUUCUUCGUAGGAUUAGAGAAUUCUUGGGCGAAACAGAGCCGGCUCGGAAGUCGGGUUUGUCUACGAAGGUCGAUGAACGAGCUGUUCAGGCCGUGAAGAAAGCUCAAUUGGCCCGGUCAGAGCUGGAACAGAUUCCCGGCAUUGGGGUAGCAAAGGCCAAAGUCCUUGUCGAGGCAGGGUGCACCACAAUUAAACAACUUCAGACGACGCCACGGUUCCUCGCACUGCUGACCAAGCAACAACAAAUUGGCGUUCAGUAUUUCCGCAAACUUUCUCGAGUAUCCCGGUCAGAGGCAGAAACGGUUGUGCAGUUCAUUCGUGACGCUGUGCCUCCCAAAUACGAAGUUAUCCUUGGAGGCAGCUACCGUCGAGGGUCGCAGGACUCCUCAGAUAUUGACCUCAUCAUCCUUCACCCGGACCACGUUCAUGUACCUUUCCCCCAAACCGCACAGAAACGUGGUGCCCCUCCCAAAUCCGCGCGUCCGCUCCUCAAGACCAACUUUCUCCCUCCGCUCACUGACCGUGGUCUGCUUGCGGCAACUCUCUCCGCUGGAGACUUGAAAUGGCAGGGAAUUGUGCGGAUUCCCGAGGCGGUAACAUCCAAUAGCGAUAGGUCUAUGCAAUGGCAACGACGACUCGCUGCUAUCAAGGCCGGAGAAGGCUCGUAUCGUCGGCUGGAUAUCAAUAUGGUCGCUCAAAAAUCUCGUGGCGCGGCGCUCCUUGCGUUCACGGGUGAUACCGAAUUCAACCGCCAACUUCGCCUGCGCGCAUCAAAAGCUGGCCUGCAUCUGAACGAGUUUGGACUAUGGCGCUGGAACCGUAAUGGGGACAAUAUCGACACAAUUGAAUCUGAACCUGGUAAUGGGAAUGGUUUUUGGGAAUUGGUCCGCUCAGACACAGAGGAGGAGGUGCUUUCUGAGCUUGGGAUGUCGUAUCUCCCGCCGGAAGAACGCAAUCUUGCCAAAGUCAUAAAAAAACCUGAACCAACAACACCAAACUCCUCACGGAGAAGUAGAGGUAGACCAAAGAAAGCGCCAUCGGAAUAA